AACACUGGAGUAUUCAUCUAAAUAUACUGCAUAUAAAAGACGAAGUAACGAACUCAGAAAUCAUUCGAAUCUCAACUGAAAAAUAACAACAUGUACUCCAAGGUCGCCCUGAUCGCUUGCCUAUUCGGCCUUGCCCGUGCUGGCGGUAACGCAAUUGGCCUCUCUGGCUUGGCAGGUCUUGGCUACGCCGGUCAUGCAGGACUCGGACGUGGUAACCUGGGACCUAACGGCCUUGUAUCGGAAUACAAAUACAGCAUCUCCCAACCUCCCACCGCAAAUGCUGGUGUCGGAUACGGCGCGGGUCUUGGCUAUGCAGCGGGUCUUGGCGGACUUGGCCAUGGAACGGGUUUAGGCUACAGCAAUGGACUUGGCCUUAGUCAUGCCACAGGCCUUGGGUACAGCAACGGACUUGGCGCUGAUUUAGCCCAUGGCGGUCUUGGAUAUGGAAACGGAUUGGGUUACAGCAAUCUUGGCCAUGGCGCUAGUCUUGGUUAUAACUCUGCUCUCGGCCACGGUAACCUUGGCCGGAACGGCGCUGUGGUGUCAGAGUACCAGGUCAGUGUGGCACAUCCUCCCACCGUUAAUGCUCAUGGCGCGUAUGGCGCUGGGGCGUAUGGCGCUGGGGCGUAUGGCGCUGGGGCGUAUGGCGCUGAGGCGUACGGCGCUGGGGCGUAUGGCGCUAGGGCGUACGGCGCUGGGGCGUAUGGCGCUGGGGCGUACGGCCCCGGGGCGUAUGGCUCUGGUGUCUACGGUAAUGUCUACAAUCAGGGCUCCUACAAAAUCGACGCUUACGGUGCCAACUACGCCAACGCUGGCUGGUGAAAACUACCUCAACGAAAUAAGUGCAAUUUUGUGAAUUUGUGUUUUGUGAUAUUUUGUAUUAAAAUUCAAUAAACGACUUUUGUAAAUAA